AUGACGCGCGAGGCGCGCGAGGCGCGCUACGUCGCGGAGAUCGACAACUCCAAGGCCACGCUCAAGGAGCACAAGGACAUGUGGAUCAAGCUCGUGAAGGAUUCCGAGGUCCAGAUCCAGGACCUCAAGAAGGCCAUCGAGGACGUCGACCGCGAGGCCGCGGCGCUCCGGUCCUCCGAGGACGAGGCGCGCAAGUACCACGACCUCAAGGUCCGCGAGCUCGAGGGCCUCCUCGUCGCGACGAAGCUCAGCGCCGCCGAGAUCUCCUCGGACGUCGACAUGCUCCAGCACCACAUGAACCUCGUCAGACGACACCAGUCCUAG